AUGGCGCUCUACUUAGCGUAUAUACAGCCGUUCCGCAAGUAUCUAACGCUGCAGGUGCUCGGCGGUGGCUACAGCGACUACGUCUGGCACGAUGCACAGGGCGCGUGGAACACGGAUCGACUAACGAGAGUUCUUAAGCGAGAAACACAGAAGAGACUGGGUGUUAUGCUGCAUACGCUUGACUACUGGCAUACUGCUGUAGGACUUGGCCGAGUCUACGUCAGAGAGUCGUUCAGCAAGGGCUACCAGGACGACAUUGGCGAAGUAGACGAGGCAGAAGUGGAAGACGACGGCGAGGAUAUUAUUAAGCUGCAGAACUCACGCACAACUGCAAUGGGCGUAGGCAACUACAGCGUGCCGAUCGAUAUUGUUAAGCAUCUCAGCGUGCGCUCGAUCAACGCAUUCCGGCCGCUCAGCGCAGCGUGGCACAAGUUCUUGGGGGUUGAUGGCACGGGCGAGGCAAGCAUGUCUGGGCUGGCGCUGCUGCCGCGGGACAAGGAGGUGAGGGUAGAAGACCUGCGCAAAGACAAGAUCUGUACAGCGCUGCAGCAGGUGCUAGGCACGCAGGAGGUAGGGUUCCGCUCAGUGGAGCAGGAGCAGGCGAUGCAUGCCGUUCUCGACGGACAGAAUCCGCUGGUCGUUGUGCUCCCGACAGGAGGCGGCAAGAGUCUGCUGUUCACGGUGCUGGCGGUUGUAGAGCAGACAGGGGUUACAGUUGUCGUUGUGCCGUACCAGGCGCUGAUCAACAAUCUAGUAGAACGCAUUUAG